UAGCAUAAAAAGAAGCACAAAGGGGACGGCGAGAGCCCGCCGCGCGGCCGUCUCCCUCCGCAUCGAAACCAACCAACCGAACGUCCGGGGGAACGCAGAAACCCAACCAAAAACCCGUAAAACCUCACACGUCCGCCUCCAUCCAGCCCAUCUCCGGUCCCGCCUCCUCUUAACUCCGCAUCAUCCCCUUCCCAUCUCGUCCCCCCACCCGUACCCGUCGGGAAUCCAUUCUUUCGAUUCUUUGUUCCGCAAUGCGCGUCCUUGCCGUGGUCCUCCUCGCCGCGGCGUGCGCGGCGGCGGCGGCCGGGGGCGGUGGCGGGGAGCUGCCGGAGUUCCAGGAGGCGCCGGCGUUCCGCAACGGCGCGGCCUGCGCGGACGCGCCGACGAUCCACAUCGCGAUGACGCUGGACGCCACCUACCUGCGGGGCUCCCUCGCCGGCGUCCUCUCCGUGCUCCGCCACGCCGCCUGCCCGGAGUCCAUCGCCUUCCACUUCGUCGCCUCCUCGGCCUCCCCGGCGCAGCGCCUCGCCGCACUCCGCCGCGCGCUCGCCGCGGCCUUCCCCACGCUCCCGGCCACCGUCCACCGCUUCGACGCCCGCCUCGUCCGCGGCAAGAUCUCCUCCUCCGUCCGCCGCGCGCUCGACCAGCCCCUCAACUACGCCCGCAUCUACCUCGCCGACCUCCUCCCCCGCUCCGUCUCCCGCGUCCUCUACCUCGACUCCGACCUCCUCCUCGUCGACGACGUCGCCCGCCUCUGGGCCACCGACCUCGGCCCCGACGCCGUCCUCGCCGCCCCCGAGUACUGCCACGCCAACUUCACCUCCUACUUCACCGACGCGUUCUGGCGACACCCGGAGUACACCUCCAUCUUCGCCAACCGGACGCGGGCGCCGUGCUACUUCAACACCGGGGUCAUGGUCAUCGACCUGCACAGGUGGCGCGCCGGCGGGUACACCGCGAAGCUGGAGUACUGGAUGGAGGUGCAGAAGCAGGAGGCCAGGAUAUAUGAGUUGGGCUCCCUCCCGCCGUUCCUCCUGGUGUUCGCCGGCGAGGUGAAGGCCGUGGAGCACCGGUGGAACCAGCACGGGCUCGGCGGCGACAACGUGGCGGGGCAGUGUCGGGAGCUGCACCCGGGGCCUGUCAGCCUGCUGCACUGGAGCGGGAAGGGGAAGCCGUGGCUGCGGCUGGACGCCGGCCGGCUGUGCCCGCUCGACGCGCUUUGGGCUCCCUACGACCUCCGCCGCCGCCGCGGCGCCCGCGACGACCUCCUCGCCGCUGUCGCCUGACAAUGCGGGCCCCACAUCGCUGGAGCGAUCGGUCUGCUCGCGUUCGAUGGCUUGGCUGCUCGCUUCGCCGUGGCUACGGGUGGGUGUCGGCGUAGGAGCGCUGAGUCACCGACGCCGUCCCGCUUGAUGGGUCCUCUUCGUGCGCCCAUGUUGUCAGUCGCAAUGGCGUUGGUUGGGGUGGCCCCGUCGGUACUGACAUCCGGGCCCACACGUUGGUGGCGGAUGGGUGGCUGAGAUGAGAUGCAUCCAUGGGCUGUACAGCUGUUAUUUUUUGGCCUGUUGGGGCAAUAGAUUUAUUAGAUUUUAUUCUUUAUUUGUUGAGUUAGAUUCUUGCGGAUCUACUCCAUAAUGGUAUGGUAUAAUACUAAUAGCGCAGGUAAAGAUUUGUAGAAAGGGAAUAAAAUACGGCGUCUGGAAUUGGAAAGGGUUAUGGUACAUCA